GAGGAGAAGCCUUAUCGCAGCAAGGAGUUUAUUGAGUUCACACGACUGUGUGAAGACGCCUACCGCAUAUUGCGUCGUCAUUCUAAUCUCCUACUUACGCUAUUAGCCAUGAUGCUUCCAUCUGGUCUGCCUGAGCUCACCUGUGUUGGUGACCUCGAGUACGUCCGCAAGACGCUGGCUGUUGAACAAACGGAUGAAGAGGACGCUCUUAAUUACUUUAAUGCCAAAUUUAAUGAAGCUUACAAUGGAGCGUGGACAACGAAAAUAGAUUGGUUUGCCCACUGGUUCCGUCGUUGA